UCCUCUUGCAAUUCUCUUCCUCACCACUUCCUGGAUUCCCUCUGCAAAACCCCACAAAGCAUCUCAUUAACCAUGCAAUGGCGGAUUCAUCAUCUCUUCACCUCCUCUCCAAUGGCGGAUUCAUCCACCAUUCUUCUCCUUCCCCUCUUUUCCCCUCUCUUCCCCGCUCCAGAACCCUCCAUUUCCCCGUCCUCUCCAAUUCCAGAAUCGCCUUCGUCUUCCCUUCCAAACUCCCCCCUCGCAACCCCACCAUUCUUCCCCUUUCGCCGCCGCUUCCCCCUCCUCCGCCUCACAACGACCACCACUCCGACUUUCAGGAGAAAAUGCUCUUCCUCGACUCCAUCGGCAUCGACUUCCUCUCCGUCAUCAAAGACCACCCUCCCGUCGCCUCCGCCUCCCUCCCCGACAUCAGAUCAGCCGUCGAUUUCAUGACCUCGAUGAAUUUCACCGCCCUCGAGUUCCGUCGAAUCGUCGGCAUGUGCCCUGAGAUUCUCACCUCUCCCGCUUCCGACCUCGUCCCUAUCUUCACCUUCCUCCUCCGUGAAGCUCGAGUCGACGGCUCCGAUAUCAAACGCGUUAUCAAUCGACGCCCUAGAUUGCUCGCCUGUAGCGUAAAAGAUCGGCUCCGUCCAACUCUCUACUUCCUACAGAGCAUCGGCAUAUCCGAGGUACAUAAACACACUUCCUUACUCUCCUGUAGUGUGGAAGAGAAACUGAUUCCGAGAAUCGAGUUCUUCGAAAACCUAGGGUUUUCUCGACGGGAUGCUUUGAUAAUGUUCCGGCGAUUCCCGCAGCUGUUUUGCUACAGUAUAAAGGAGAAUCUGGAGCCGAAGCUGAAUUACUUUGUGGUGGAAAUGGGGAGAGAAUUGAAGGAAUUGAAGGAAUUUCCUCAUUACUUUUCGUUUAGUUUAGAGAACAGGAUCAAGCCAAGACAUCAAAGCUGUGUGGAGAAGGGAGUUUGUUUUCCAUUACCGGAGUUGUUGAAAACCAGUGAGAUGAAAUUCCGGCAGAAAUUGGAGCCGUGGGAAUGGGAGUGAGACCGUGAGUAGAGUAGUGGUAUGAGAAUUGUACCAUAAUUAAAUGAGGAAAAAUGAUAGUUGAAGCUUUGGUUGAACAAGUGUAUUUAGCAUCUUGGAUUGGACAAGCAGACGCCUCCAAUUUUCUUACAUCAUCUGUUACUCGAACAAAUUUUUCCUUAACAGUAACUUUUUCUGUUGAUGUCGUAAGUUCAAAUCUUCAUAUCUCUACUUGUUGUACUAAAACACUGUAAAACAAAUUUAAAGGAUUUAGACCAUGUUGUCCGGGGACCUUUGGGAGGAUAUUUUGGUGCAAAUCUAAGUAUUGUAUACCAUAAUGUAUAGAUUGUUUCGA